CUUCCGUAGUGUUUACAUCCGUUACAACCAAAAUGGCGUCCGUCGGUUUUGCAGUCAGGUAGAUACAGGCACAUUUUUAAACAUUUUCGCCGCUUUCAGCUCGUAUUAAAGGCAUUUAUUGGCAUCUUUGUUAAUGGAUACGUUUUGAGAUAAAGUCGAAAUGUUUUAAAGUCAGUACACUCCAUGUUUCGGUUGGUAGAAUUAGAUUUUCCUACCAAGACGGCAGAGUGCCUCUUUGCUAGCUAGCACGGCUAGCCGUUAGCUAGCCGUUCGCUAGCCGCUAGCCUGCUCCGGCAGCUGGAGGCAGCUGGUGCAGUUAGCUGGAGUAUCACUGAGCCAUGACGGAGGUGGAGGAGCUGAGGCCCGUUCCCAGGGAGCGGGCCAUCCUGGAGAGCUUCUUCACGCAGCUCGGCAUGUUUUCCUUCGACCGGGCGAAGGACUACGUGGAGAAGGAGAAGGACAACAGCAAGAGCGCCGGGGCCAUCUGGGCCGCGCUGCUGGCCGCUCUGGCUCACCUGGCCGCCGCGGAGAAGGCGUACCACAACAUGACAUUCCUCGGACAGAAAAUGGGCGGUCAGUCCUUCUUCAGCCGCAAAGACUCCAUCCGCACCAUCUACACCUCCCUGUUCAACGAGCUCAGGAAGGUGGUGACGAUGGGGCGUCACAGCCAGCCGGGCUCCGCUCCCUACCUGGAGGACCUGCUGUCUCACCUGUCGGAGCAGCUCUGUCACUUCACGCAGGCCCGCAUGGAGAUGGCCGACCUGUACGAGAAGAUGCACUCGCUGGGCAGCCAGAAGAGCAUCAACUCAGAGGAGCUGGUGACCACACUGGAGGCCGUCCUGCACAAAUACAGCACCAAGUUCCACCAUCCCAUCCUGGGCCGUGUGGAGGAAGGCUUCCAGACGGAGGUGGACGUGGUGACCCAGUUACUGCGCUGCCAGGCUCAGGUCUCAGAGUGGAGCUUCCUGCCCGCUCUGCUGAGUCUGCACGGUGCCAACUCCAAGCUCAUCGCCUGGGGUCUGCUGUUCCAGAGGCAAAAAGAGACCCGCAAGCAUCUGUUCGGAGGUCAGUCCCAGAAGGCCGUGCAGCCUCCUCACCUGUACCUGUGGCUGCAGCGCUUCCAGGCGAUGCUCCUCGCCAAGUUCAGCUUCUACUUCCAUGAAGCUCUGAGCCGGCAGACGGCCCCGGCCGACAUGCGAGCUCUCACCGCCCGCACCACGCCAGACUACCACGGCAAGAUCAGCUCCUUCAUCCGCAAACACGACGCCAGCAACGUGUCUCUGGUGUUCGACAACCGCGGCUCCGAAAGCUUCCAGGGCCACGGUUACCACCACCCACACUCCUACAGAGAGGCACCUAAAGGCGUGGAACAGUUCCCCGCCGUGGUGUCCCUGCCGUCAGGAGAGCGGCCGCUCACACACUGGCCGAACGUCAUCAUGAUGAUGGGAGACCGCGCCGCCGAGCUCAACACUCUGGACAAGGUGGUGCACUUCUACGACGAUAAAGUCCAGAGCACCUACUACCUGACGCGGCCUGAGCCUCACUUCACCAUGGUGGUGAUCUUUGAUGGCAGGAAGUCGGAGAAGGAUCAGCACAUCACCUCCUUCCUGCAGGAGAUCUCAGGAUCGCUGAGGAACUCCAAACCCUUCAGCACGCUCAAACCCGGAUCCAAAGGCUGAGCUACACACUGACCAGGCAAAGACGGAAUUCAUGAUGAACCUUGAAGAUACAGAAACUUUACAUCCUAUUUUGAAACCGUUUCCUGUGGUCCAAUCAGCUGCUCUUCUCAUUGAUUCAAAUCUCAUUCUGCUAAAAACGUUCCAGACCAAAGAGACGACGACAGUGCACUUAAAGCCUUUUGUUUAUUUAAAUAUCGAUGAUUUUAAGGAUUUUGCAUCAUUUACUCUUUUAACAUGAUUUCUUUUUACUUUGAAGUUUAUACUCACUGUGCUUGUUACAGUUGAAAUAAAGCCUGGAGAUGAUUCACAUCCAACCUCAUUUUUUAACAAUAAAUCUCAUAACCAGUGAACGAUUUGUUUAUUAAUUUAUUGGUCAGUGGACAUGACAUAUAACAGAUAAGCUUAUUUGUUGGCUGACUGGUAACAUAUGAAGAAACUAUAAUUUUACACUCAGUCAAAAAUGUUUGGUGUAUUAUUUUAUAAAAAUGUUUUGAAUAGAUCUAGUUUCCAGAUUUCUUAAACCUUGAAUACUAAUAUUACCUCAGUAUCAGCCCCUAAAACUCAGAAUUUGUUUGGCUUUUUGAUGAUCAAUAAAUCAUUAAAAUAACCAA